CGCUCUGUGAUGGAGGAAAGGACAAUGUUGUGGUACUUGAUUGGGGCAAACAUUCUCAUGAUCCCGAUUAUAAGAACGUAGUUUUCAAAAAUGCCCAAAAAGUAGGAGGACAGUUCGCUAAAAGUAUAAAAACACUCAAGGAAGCCGGUCUCAACUUAAACAGAGUGCGUAUCCUCGGGUUUUCAGUGGGCUCACACAUAGCUAGUUUCGCUGGUAGAUGUAAUAACUUCAAGAUACCCCACAUAACAGUAUUGGAUCCUGCGAGUCCUGCUCAUACUGAAUGCAAGGGGUGCUAUAUUUCAUCUAAGUGUGCGCGACGGGUCGAAAUGAUUCAUACGGACAUGACUAAAUAUGGCGCGAAUUUCAAUCAACUGACAGCAAGUGUGCAUUAUGUCGCAAAUAAUGGCAAACGUGAUCAAUGCGAUUGUCCAGCGUCGGAAGGCUCUAAGCAGUUGAGUCCUGAAG